GAGAGAGGGAGAGGGAGAGGAGCGAGAGGGAGCGAGGGAGAGGGAGAGAGAGAGAGGGAGAAGGAGAGGGAGAAGCAGCAGGGAGAGGAAGGGAGGGAAGCAGAAAGCCAAGGCCAAGGGAAUGAGCAAGCGAGGGGAGAGAUAGGGGAAGAAGCCUGAGAAAGAAGGAAUAACAGCUUUCCGGAGCAGGCGUGCAGUGAACUGGCUUCUAUUUUCUCUUUCUUUGCCUUUUUAUUUUUUAAAGAGAAGCAGGGAACAGAAGCAAUGGCCGAGGGAGAAGACAAGCCGAGGUGCUGGUGACCCUGGGCGUCCAAGUGGAUUAUUGUUCCUGGGGCCUGUUCUCCCUGCCUUCCAAUUGCACAUACCCCCACUUCCCAGCCAAUGAAGAGGAGAGGCAGCGUGAACAAAGUCAUUUAGAAAGCCCCCGAGGAAGUGUAAACAAAAGAGAAAGCAUGAAUGGUGUGCCCGAGAGACAAGUGUGUCGGGCUGCCCCCACCUUGAGCUGGGCCAGCGCGGCCCAGCCCUGCCUCUCCCCACCUACUCACUGGUGAUCUGACUUUUUUUUUUUUAAACAAUUUUUUUUUUUUCCUUUUCUUUUCCAUUCUCUUUUCUUACCCUCCUUCAGGGCAAGGCAAGGAUUUUGAUUUUGGGACCCAGCCACGGUCCUUCUGCUCCUUCUUUAAAAUACCCACUUUCUCCCCAUCGCCAAGCGGCAUUUGGCAAUAUCAGAUAUCCGCUCUAUUUAUUUUUACCUAAGGAAAAACUCCAGCUCCCUUCCCACUCCCAGCUGCCUCGCCACCCCUCCCAGCCCUCUGCUUGCCCUCCACCUGGCCUGCUGGGAGUCAGAGCCCAGCAGAACCUGUUUAGACACAUGGAGAAGAAACCCAGAGCUACAAGGCACACAGUCGGCUUCUUCGCGCUCAGGGUUGCCAGCGCUUCCUGGAAGUCCUGAAGCUCUCGCAGUGCAGUGAGUUCAUGCACCUUCUUGCCAAGCCUCAGUCUUCGGGAUCUAGGGAGGCCGCCUGGUUUUCCUCCCUCCUUCUGCACGACUGCUGGGGUCUCCUCCUCGCCAGGCCUCGCAGCCCCCCUGGCCUCUCUCCCCAGCUUGCGCAUGAAGAUGCACUUGCACAGGGCUCUGGUGGUCCUGGCCCUGCUGAACUUUGCCACGGUCAGCCUCUCUCUGUCCACUUGCACCACCUUGGACUUUGGCCACAUCAAGAAGAAGAGGGUGGAAGCCAUUAGGGGACAGAUCUUGAGCAAGCUCAGGCUCACCAGUCCCCCCGAGCCAUCGGUGAUGACCCACGUCCCCUACCAGGUCCUGGCCCUUUACAACAGCACCCGGGAGCUGCUGGAGGAGAUGCAGGGGGAGAGGGAGGACAGCUGCACUCAGGAAAACACCGAGUCGGAGUACUAUGCCAAAGAAAUCCAUAAAUUCGACAUGAUCCAGGGGCUGGCGGAGCACAAUGAGCUGGCCGUCUGCCCCAAAGGGAUCACCUCCAAGGUCUUCCGCUUCAACGUGUCCUCAGUGGAGAAAAAUGGAACCAACCUGUUCCGAGCGGAAUUCCGGGUCUUGCGGGUGCCCAACCCCAGCUCUAAGCGCAGUGAGCAGAGGAUCGAGCUCUUCCAGAUACUCCGGCCCGAUGAGCACAUCGCCAAACAGCGCUAUAUCGGUGGCAAAAAUCUGCCCACACGGGGCACCGCCGAAUGGCUGUCUUUCGACGUCACUGACACCGUGCGGGAAUGGCUCUUGCGAAGAGAGUCCAACUUAGGUCUGGAAAUCAGCAUUCACUGUCCGUGUCACACCUUUCAGCCCAAUGGAGACAUCUUGGAGAACAUUCAUGAGGUGAUGGAAAUCAAAUUCAAAGGUGUGGACAGCGAGGAUGAUCAUGGCCGUGGGGAUCUCGGGCGCCUCAAGAAGCAGAAGGACCACCACAACCCUCACCUCAUCCUCAUGAUGAUUCCCCCGCACCGGCUGGACAACCCGGGCCAGGGCGGGCAGAGGAAGAAGCGGGCCCUGGACACCAACUACUGCUUCCGCAAUUUGGAGGAGAACUGCUGUGUGCGCCCUCUCUACAUUGACUUCCGACAAGAUCUGGGCUGGAAAUGGGUCCACGAACCUAAGGGCUACUAUGCCAACUUCUGCUCAGGCCCCUGCCCCUACCUCCGCAGUGCGGACACAACCCACAGCACGGUGCUGGGACUGUACAACACCCUGAAUCCCGAAGCCUCUGCCUCACCUUGCUGUGUGCCCCAGGACUUGGAGCCCCUGACCAUCCUGUACUAUGUCGGGAGGACCCCCAAGGUGGAACAGCUCUCUAACAUGGUGGUCAAGUCCUGUAAGUGUAGCUGAGAGCCCGCCUGCGACAGACAGAGAGGAAAGAGAACCGCCACUGCCUGACUGCCUGCUCCUCGGGACACACAAAAGCAACACUCCUCACCUAGAGGCCUGGAGCCCGCAACCUUCAGCUCCAGGCAAAUGGCUGAGACGGAUGUUCCCUUUUGGGACAUUUCUCCUUCUUGCUGGCUCUGAGAAUCACUGUGGUAAAGAAAGUGUGGGUUUGGUUAGGGGAAGGCCCAACUCUUCAGAAUACACAGAUUUUCUGUGACCUAGACAGACGUGGUGGGGACGGAGGAAGAGGGAUGGCGAGUCGGCACCUGACACAUGGUGUGGCAAUGGAUCUGGGAAACCCUAGGGAGGAGGAAGGGCAGAGAACGGCCGGGACAGGGCCAGGCUGGAAGACACUUCUGAGGUCAGAUUGGCUCAUCGCUGCCCCACAUCCGCUCUAGGGAACCUGGAUCACUUUAGACAAGGCAAGCAUUUUCCUUCAGGCAGGUUACCUAGACAGUGUCCCAGAUUUGUAGCUCAUACUCCCUGGGAUUAAGGAUGAAUCUGCUUUUUGCAAAUGGUCCUCUCAACAUCAGUCAGCACCGAGGGUCAUUACAGGGAGAAAAUCCAGGUAAUGUCGUUCCCGGGCCAUCAACUGGAUUGGGCCAUAUGGACACGCCGAACUCAGAAGCGGAGGGUGGGAUGAACGCUCUCCUGCCCGCCCUCUGGGCCCCUCCUCUCGCCUUCUUCCUCGACCGUAUUUCCCCUUGGACAUCUGGCUAGACACCGUCCAGGUCAGGGUGCACGUAUCUGGAUUAUGGUCUGUGCAGUCUUGGGGCAUUAUGGGUUCCCCUCUAUCCCCCAAGACCCUGUGUUCAUCUGGUGUUCCUGGAAGCAGGUGCUAGAACGGGUGAGGCAUGCGGGGAAGCAGCAAAUGCGCCACACGACUUGGCCCCAGACACAUAGACUGAGGUAUAAAGACAAAUACAAAUAUUACUCUCAAAAUCUUUGUAUAAAUAAAUAUUUUUGGGGAAUCUUGGAUCAUUUCCAUCUUCUGGAAGAUUGUUUCUAGAACAGUAAAAAGCCUUUUCUAAGGAGGAAGUCUGACUGGGUGAAUAUCCUUAAUCACUCUUUUCUUAAUUCCCUGUUCAUAUCCACUAACUAGAGGGAACGGGAGCCCGGGGCAGGGAAUCUCGAGCACACUGCUUAGUGUGAGUCCCCUGGACACCGGUAAACUGCACUGCCUCUGCCAUCGGAGGGAGAAGACUCAACUGUUAUUGGUGUUCCUUCCUUUCCUUCUCGUGAAGUAGUUUGCUCUCAGACACACACAGAGGCAGUGGCAGUGGCUCAGACGGGCAGAAAGUGUAACUGUGGGCCAAAAUCACUUGGGGUGAGCCCUUGUACGUGGAAGUGUGUUGGUUUGUACAUUCACUAUCCAUGAAGAACAUCAUUUUUGAAAAUCUGAUCUCACCCGCCACAUCAGUGGGGAAUGAGAGAAACUGUCUGGCAAAUGGCCUAAGAAGACGAGGCUAAUUCUGUUAUCAGGUUAAGCUCGCCAGGAAACCCUUUACAGACAGAGGGCCUCUUGUCAAUGAUUUAGGGAUGGGAGAGGGCGGGGAAAGAACAAUCCCACAGUUCUGUUUCGAGGUCCCAGGUCCCAGAGCAAUGCAGAAUUCCACUGUGGCGUUGACGUCCACCUGAAGCAACCAUCUGCAAUGAGUGAGGAACCACCUAGCAGCUCCCCAA